AUGGAUACAGAACAAGAAGAGAUGCAGUUUCUUGGAAUUCUUGAUAUCUUCAAAGAAUCAUACAAAAUCAUCUUCACAUGGCGCAAAAUCUUCACCCAAAUAACUCUCUCUCUAAUCCUUCCAUUAACAUUCAUCUUCCUAGCUCAUAUCCAAAUCUCCGAUCUAAUCUUCGCCGACAUCAUGCACGACGAACGCCAGUUAGAUCGAACCGUUAUUAAUUCUCCACGAUACAACAAACUCAACGAUCUCAUCUCUUCCGACUGGACUUAUCUAAUGCUCUUCAAAUUCGCAUACUUCACUUUCUUUCUUAUAUUCUCGCUUUUAUCAACAGCCGCAGUUGUUUACACCAUCGCUUGUAUUUACACCGGGAGAGACGUGAGCUUCAAGAAAGUUAUGAGCGUAGUCCCUAAGGUUUGGAAGAGACUUAUGGUCACUUUUUUAUGCAUAUUUAGUGCUGUUUUUGCUUAUCACGUCGUUGCUAUUAUCCUCUUUAUAAUGUUAGCAGUUCUCAUCUCCGACGACGCCACCGGAGUUGUGUCGUUUUUUAUUUUCUUGGGUUUAUAUUUUGUGGGUAUUGUGUAUUUGAGCAUAAUUUGGCAGUUGGCGAGCGUUGUGUCUGUUUUAGAAGAGGCUUGUGGAGUUAAAGCUAUGGUGAAGAGCAGAGCUUUGAUUAAAGGGAAGAUGUGGCUGACCGGUAUUAUAUUUUUCACGUUGAAUCUGUGUUAUUUUAUAAUACAGUUUAUUUUUGAGAUUUACGUUGUUCAUGGAAGAUCGUUGAUGAUUAAUAGAGUAGUGUAUGGAAUAAUUUGUUUUUGGUUGCUGUUCGUAUUCUUUUUGAGUGGACUGGUAAUUCAGACAGUGAUUUACUUUGUCUGUAAAUCGUAUCAUCAUGAAAAUAUAGAUAAGUCGGCUCUGUCGGAUCAUCUUGAAGUAUAUUUAUUGGGUGAAUAUGUACCCUUAAAGGCUAAGGAUGUUCAGCUGGAGCAAUUUGAAGUUUGA